AUGUCUGCCUCUGUUACCGAUCGAUCUCUGAACCUCAUUCCAAUUAAGGCUCAUAUUCCGAUCGUUCUUGAUAUGGAUCAAAUGAACUACGACCUUUGGCGUGAGCUCUUCGAGACCCAUUGCCAUAGCUUCUCAGUCUUAGGCCAUAUUGAUGGCACAUCUCUUCCAACAGGUCCAACGGACAACGUUUGGCAGCAAACGGAUGGUACCAUCAAGAUGUGGAUAUACGGGUCGAUCUCGGAAUCCAUUCUCAAAUCUAUCGUCCAAACAAAGUGUACUUCUCGUGAUUUAUGGACCACUAUCGAGAAUCUCUUCCGCGACAAUAAAGAGACCCGUGCAAUCCAACUUGAAAACGAACUUCGUUCGUUAACUAUUGGUGAUCUAUCAGUUCACGAAUACUGCCAAAAGCUGAAGACGCUCUCAGAUCUUCUCGCCAAUGUCAACUCUCCAAUUACGGAACGUAGCCUCGUGAUGCACCUGCUCAAUGGCCUCAACUCCAAGUUUGAUAACAUCAUCAACGUUAUCAACAUCGCUCCCGUUAUCAACAUCGCUCCCCUGCUUGUUCAUUCAACGACGCUCGCUCGAUGCUCAAGGAUGAAGAAUCCCGCCUCAAAACCAACCGUCGACCAGAACCGUCACACCAUGACAACGCCUCCAAUCCGCAAGUCCUCAUUGCCGCAUCUCCACAUCAGUACGACCAGAGGUCAUCGCCACAAACAUACCAAUUCCACAAUUCUCGUGGCGGAGGCCGUGGUAAUCGCAGCAAUCGCGGCGGUGGCCGUGGAAACAGAGGUUGAGGCAACCCUAACUGGAACAACGGACAUUGGAACUCUGCUUCUCCACCACCGUGGGCCAAUGGCCCACUCCAUCGCACGGACACACUCAGCCGUGGUCUCAUCCAGGAAAUCAAUCCCGAGUUCAUCAAACGACGCCGACGAAUUCAAAUUCCGCUUCUGGCAUCCUUGGUCAUGCUCCAUCAAAUUCAAACUCCUUGGUCAUGCUCCAUCAAAUUCAAACUCCGCAUACAUCACCACUCACAACUCUCAGGUUGCGCCUCCUCCCCAAAGUCCAUCUUCCGAUCUUAUACCUACGGCUCUUGCCAAUGCCUUCAACACAAUGACGCUUUCUGAUCCAUCCACCGCUGACUGGUAUAUGGACACUGGAGCAACAGCUCAUCUCACAUCUCAAUCCGGUACUCUCAACUCUAUCUCUACUCACUCUUCUCUUCCUCUUAUCACUGUUGGUAAUGGUUCAAUUAUUCCUGCUAUUGCUUCUGGUCACUCAUCGAUUGCUUCUACAUCCCGUCCUCUUUCUCUGAAUAAUGUGCUUCUUUGCCCAAAAAUACUAAAAAAUCUCAUUUCUGUACGACAAUUUACUAUUGAUAAUCUAUGUUCUGUUGAAUUUGACCCAUUUGGUUUUGCUGUAAAGGAUCUCCGUACCAAAACUCCUCUCAUCCGAUGUGAUAGCACCGGACCCCUUUAUGCUGUGACACCGCAUUCACCAUCGCACACUGCACUUCUCACCUCACUUCCUGUGUCACUUUGGCACAACCGCUUGGGUCAUCCCGGCGAAGCUGUUCUUCGUUUUUUAGCAUCUUCUGCUUUAAACAUGGCGGCUCACUUACUCAACAUCCUCCCCUCGAGCACCAUCAACAAUGACAUUCCUUUCACCCGUCUGUUCAACAAACAAGCGUCUUACAAGCAUCUACGAGUCUUUGGAUGUCUUUGCUACCCGAAUCUUCUACCAACGCUCCGAACAAACUCUCACCACGGUCAACUCGAUGCAUCUUUCUUGGCUACCCCACCAAUCACAAAGGAUAUAGAUGUCUAG